AUGCUAAAAAAUGGUCUUCUUCUUUUUCUUUCUUUCUUCUUCUUCUUCUUCUUCUUCUUCUUCUUCUUCUUCUUCGUUCUCUUGUCAUCUUUCUUCUUUUUGUCAUUUCCCUCCGCCUCUUCUCAUUUUUUCUUUCUUCUUCUUCUUCUUCUUCUUCUUCUUCUUCUUCUUCUUCUCAUGUUUCUUCUUUUUCUCAUUUCCCUCCUCAUUUUUUUCUCUUUCUUCCUUUUCUUCUUCUUCUUUUUCUCUUUCUCCUUCACAUCUUUCUUCUUCUUCUUCUUCUUCUUCUUCUUCUUCUUUCUUCUUUUGCUCUUUCUUCUUCACAUCUUUCUUCUUCUUCUUCUUCUUCUUCUUCUUCUUAUCUUUCUUCUUCACAUCUUUCUUAUUCUUCUUCUUCUUCUUCUCAUCUGUCUUCUUCUUUUGCUCUUUCUUCUUCACGUCUUUGUUGUUGUUGUGUUUUUCAUCUUCUUCUUCUCUUUCUUCUUCUCAUCUUUCUUUUUCUUCUUUGUCUUCUUCUCAUCUAUCUUCUUCUUUUUCUCUUUCUUCUUCACAUCUUUCUUGUUGUUGUUUUUCUUAUCUUUCUUCUUCUCUUUCUUCUUCUCAUCUUCUUCUUCUCAUCUAACAUCUUCUUUUCUCUUUCUUCUUCACAACUUUCUUCUUUUCAUCUUUCUUCUUCUUUUGCUCUUUCUUCUUCACAUCUUUGUUGUUGUUGUUUUUCAUCUUCUUCUUCUUCUCUUUUUUUCUUCUCAUCUUCUUCUUCUCAUCUAUCUUCUUCUUUUUCUCUUUCUUCGUCACAUCUUUCUUGUUCUCGUUCGUGUUCUUCUUCGUCUUCUUCUUCUUCUUCUUCUUCUUCUUGUCAUCUUUUUGUUUCUCAUUUCCCUCCUCCUCUUCUCAUUUUUUCUCUUUCUUCUUCUCAUCUUUCUUGUUGUUGUUGUUCUUCUUCUUCUUCUACAUCUUCUCUUCGUUCUCUUCUUCUCAUCUUUCUUCAUUUUCUCAUCUCCUUUCCCUCUUCACAUCUUUUUCUUUUUCUUCUUGUCUUUCUUCUUUUUCUCUUUCUUUUUCUCAUUUUUCUUGUCCUUUUUUUGUUGUUGUUGUUCUUCUUCUUCUCAUCUUUCUUCUUCUAUUCUCUUUCUUCUUCACAACUUUCUUCUUCUUCUUCUUCUUCUUCUCAUCUUUUUCUUCUUCUAUUCUUUUCUUCAUUUCUUUUCUUCUUCUUCUUCUUCUUCUUCUCAUCUUUUCUUCUAUUCUCUUUCUUCUUCACAACUUUCUUCUUCUUCUUCUUCUUCUUCUCAUCUUUCUUCUUCUAUUCUCUUUCUUCUUCACAACUUUCUUCUUCUUCUUCUUCUUCUUCUUCUCAUCUUUCUUCUUCUAUUCUCUUUCUUCUUCACAACUUUCUUCUUCUUCUUCUUCUUCUUCUUCUUCUCAUCUCUGUCCUCUUCUUCUUAUCUUUCUUCAUUUUCUCAUCUCCCCUUCGAGUUUUCAUAUUUUUUUCUCAUUUUUCUUUAUUUUCCUCCUCCUCCUCCUCCUUCUUCUUCUUCUUCUUCUUCUUCUUCUUCUUCUUCUUCUUCUUCUUCUUCUUCUUCUUCUUCUCAUCUCCGUCCUCUUCUUCUUAUCUUUCUUCAUUUUCUCAUCUCCCCUUCCAGUUCUCAUAUUUUUUCUCAUUUUUCUUUAUUUUCCUCCUCCUCCUCCUCCUCCUCCUUCUUCUUCUUCUUCUUCUUCUUUGUGCCGCCAGGAUUUUCUUCCCGCAAUUUUCCCGUAAUUUUGUAUCCUCUCUCUUUCUCUUUCUCUUACUCCCUCUUUUUUCUCUCUCUCUCUCCCUCUUUCUUUCUCUCACUCUUUCUCUUUUUCUUUCCACAUCUUUCCCUCUACUUUUUUUUCUUUCUAUUUUCUUUUUCUUGUGUUUUCUUUUUUUCUUACCUUACUGGUGUUUCUUUGUAUUCUUUUUACUUUUUCUUGAUAUCUUUUUUCACAUUUCUUAACCGAUUUGUUUUUUUCUUCGUCUUUAUUUUUUAUUCUCUCUUUUUUUUUUCAUUUGGAUCUCAGUUUAACUGUUAUUCAAUAUGUCCGUUUAUAUGCAAAGAUAUCCAGAAUUUCGGAUUCUGUAAUUGUCCAAUUCAAAUUCAUUCUUCAUUUUCUACGAACUCAAAAAGUUCCGCAUCACUAUUAAAUAUUACACUUUUCUUUCUUUCUAUCGUUCUUAUCCGUCUUUCUGUCUGUCUUCCUUCCUUCCUUUCUUUCUUUCUUUCUUUCUUUCUUUCUUUCUUUCCUACCUUUAAUUCCUCUGUUCAUCAAUCAUUCUUUCAAUUGCGUAUUACGCGAUCCCUUCCUUUUUUUCUUUCUUUCCUUUCUUACUUCUGUUCAUUCAAUCUAUUUUCUUUCUUUUACAUAUUGCUCGACAUCUUUCUUUCUUUAUUUCUUUUAAUACCCUCUUCCUUCACUCUUUACUUCUAUCUAUUACAUAUUGCUCGACACCUUCUUUCUUUCUCCCAUACUUUCUUUUUGUUUCUUUCUUUUUUCUUUCUUUCUUCUUUCUUUAAUACCUCUGUUCAUUAUUUCCAUACUGCUCGACGCCUUCAUUCUUUCUGUCGUUCUAUCUUUAAAUACCUCUGUUCAUUCAAUAUUUCCUCCUUCCUAUUACCUAUUGCUGGACUCAUUAUUUCUUUCUUUCUUUUUCUUUCUUUCUUUCUUUUUUUAAUACUUCUGUUCAUUCAUUAUUUCCUUCUUUCUAUUACAUAUUGCUCUAUUCUUUCUUUCUUUCUUUCUUUCUUUAUUCGUUCUUUCUUUUUCUUUCUUUCUUUUUUCUUCCUUCCUUUCUUUCUUUCUUUCUUUAUUUUUUCUUUCCUUAAAUACCUCUGUUCAUUCAAUCUUUCCUUCUUUCCAUUACAUAUUGUUCGACUCAUUCUUUCUUUCUUUUUCUUUCUUCAUUUUUUCUUUUUCCUUUUUCUUUCUUUCUUUUUCUUCGUUUCUUUCUUUCUUUUUUCUUUCUUUCUUUCUUUAAUACCUCUGUUCAUUCAUUAUUUCCUUUUUUCUAUUACAUAUUGCUCUAUUCUUUCUUUCUUUCUUUAUUCUUUCUUUUUUUUUCUUUCUUUUUUCUUUCUUUCUUUUUCUUUCCUUCUUUUUUUCUUUCCUUAA